AUGGAGGAAUCCGCGUGCUCCGCCGCCGGCGCGCGGGGGGCGACGGGCAUCGUGGUCCGCCUGAGACUGCCGCGCGCGUGGACGCCGGAGGAGGACGCGCGCCUGCGGCGGCUGGCCAAGGAGAACGGCUUCGGGCACUGGCACCGCGUGGCGCGCGGGAUGCCGUCGCCCGGGCGGUCCGCCAGGUCCUGCCGCGACCGCUGGCGCCACCACCUCGCCCGCGACGUCUACCACCGCCCCUUCACCGCGCGCGACGACGAGGAGCUGCGACGCCUGGUGGCGCGCCUCGGCGGCGGCCGCUGGAAGGACGUCGGCCGCGCGGUGUACGGGCGCACGUCGCGGGUCAUGAGGCAGCGAUGGAGGGAGAUCCGCGAGACGCCAGCGGCCAAGAAAAGCGGCGGCGCGCCGCCUGCGCUGGCGCUGCCGCCAUCCGACGACGGUGAUCAAGACCUGGAGGAGAUCGCCGAGGAUACGUCGACGAUGCAGCAGGGGCCAGGUUGCCACUACGACGCCGACGGCAUUCUGGCUUCGACGUUCGCUUCGUGCAAUCUUGCCAUGGACGCCAUGGAUCCCAGGGCCGGAAGCCUCGCGUUAGGUUUUGCCUGCAUGGCAGUUUGA